GCCGAAUACGAAGGAGACGGAGCUUGGGGCAACUCGGCGUUGAGCUAGGAAGACGUCGGCGUGAUUACCCACUCUUCUCCUUUGCUGCUUGACUUUCAUCCUCUCGAGGUUCACACCUUUCAGCGCCAAUUGAGCUUCACAGAACUUCAACGCAGCAACAAUGGUGUCGCUCACGGAUCUUCUCCCCCCAGCAAAGGGUAUUCUGCCCUACUACAUGCUCCUGCUCUCUCUCAUCUCCAUCGGAAACUCAGCUCAGAACCUCCUGACCCUCCACUACUCGCGCCGCCUCUACGACGGCAAAUUCGUCCGCAACACGAAGCUCGCCCCCAAGUCUGACAAGUUCAACCCAGAGGACUCGGUGAACAAGUACACCCCCGCGCCCGCCGGCGCGACGGACGUCGUGGAUCAGGCGACACCUCUCGCCGCGCGUUGCUUCGGCACCUGGACCUUCCUCACGAGCAUUGUCCGCCUCUAUGCCGCGUAUCACCUGCACCAUGCGCACAUGUACGACUUGGCCAUCUGGACCUAUGUCGUUGCGCUGGGUCACUUUGCUAGCGAGCUGUUCGUCUUCAAGAGCAUGACGUUCGGUCUGCCGCAAUACUUCCCGUUCACUUUGGCCACCACCGCCUUGAUUUGGAUGCCGUUGGUGCGCGACUUCUACGUUACUAGCCCGUAAAGGGGUGAUCAUAAAAUGCUGUUGAAAAGCUAGUCUACAGAAGCCACUUGAGCUCUGAAGAUUAGAUAACAGCUCGAUACCACAUGUGCGCGUCUCGCUAUCUCGGAUGGGGCGCAAACAUGGGACUGUAGUUUCACUUGGAUUGAAGCACGAAGUAAUGAGGAUA